CUCAAAAAAUAAUCACCCUACAAAUUCACAUGCAUUCACACUUCACAUUAAUCGUAAAUUCAAAUAUUUAAAAUAAUAAUUUUAGAAAGUUUCUGUAUUAAUGUUUGUUAUUUAGUUUAGCUUUCCCUAUUAAUCAAUAUAAUGGUUUGUAGCCUAGGAUUUGAAGGAAGUGCUAAUAAAUUAGGUAUAGGAAUUAUAAAAGAUGGUAAAAUCUUGUCAAAUUGUCGAAGGACUUAUAUUACACCACCUGGUGAAGGAUUCUUACCACGGGAAACUGCACAACAUCAUCAAAAUAACAUUAUAUCAUUGCUUAAAGAAGCAAUUAAGCUAGCAGGUGUUAAACCAGAAGAGAUUGAUGUUAUUUCUUUUACUAAAGGACCUGGAAUUGGAGCUCCAUUAGUUAGUGUUGCUGCCGUGGCUCGUACAAUUGCUCAACUCUGGAAUAAACCUUUAAUUCCUGUCAAUCAUUGUAUUGCUCAUAUUGAAAUGGGUCGUUUAAUAACUGGAAGCAAUAAUCCUACAGUUUUAUAUGUGAGUGGUGGUAAUACACAAGUAAUUGCAUACUCAGAUAACCGUUACAGAAUAUUUGGUGAAACAAUUGACAUUGCUGUUGGUAAUUGCUUAGACAGAUUUGCUAGAGUAUUAAAAUUAUCUAAUAACCCCAGCCCAGGAUACAACAUUGAGCAGAUGGCUAAAAAGGGUUCUAAGUUUCUUCAUCUUCCAUAUGUAGUCAAAGGUAUGGAUGUUUCAUUUUCUGGUAUUCUUUCAUAUAUAGAAGAAAAAGCUCAAACAUUAAUAUCUUCUGGAGAAUAUAGUCCUGAAGAUUUAUGUUUUUCACUCCAAGAAACAUUAUUUGCUAUGUUAAUAGAAACGACUGAAAGAGCCAUGUCACAUUGUAAAUCAAAUGAGGUACUCAUAGUUGGGGGUGUUGGGUGCAAUGAAAGACUACAAGAAAUGAUGAAAAUAAUGUGUGAAGAGAGAGGCGCUAUCUUAUUUGCUACAGACGAAAGGUUUUGUAUAGAUAAUGGCUUAAUGAUUGCUCAUACUGGUGCAUUGAUGUAUUCGAGUGGUUACAAAACAACUUGGGAGGACACUUUUUGUACUCAAAGGUUUAGAACUGAUGAGGUUGAAGUAACAUGGCGUUAAUAAAAAUAAUACUUUUUUUUGGAUUAAUAUUAUAAUAUCAACCAGAAUAAUCUAGCUAAAAUACAACAAAACAAUGCAAAAAUAAACCAUUUCAAAUUAUUUUUAUCAAUAC